GCUCACAAAACUUGGAUUUCAACUUUCUCACAAGUGUCAGACGGAGAAAGUCCCACCGGCCUCAGCUUCCUCCUCUCCGUGACUCCUCCAGCUAACGCUCCCUGAGAAUGGGUGACUGGAGUGCUCUGGGUCGUCUGCUGGACAAGGUCCAAGCCUACUCCACCGCUGGUGGCAAAGUCUGGCUGUCUGUCCUCUUCAUCUUCAGGAUCCUGGUUCUGGGCACUGCGGUGGAAUCCGCGUGGGGAGACGAGCAGUCGGCAUUCAAAUGCAACACCCAGCAGCCCGGUUGCGAGAACGUUUGCUAUGACAAGUCCUUCCCGAUCUCCCACGUCCGCUUCUGGGUCCUCCAGAUCAUCUUUGUGUCGACGCCAACGCUUCUUUACCUGGCUCACGUCUUCUACCUGAACCGAAAGGAGCAGAAGUUCAACAGGAAGGAGGAGGAGCUUAAAGCAGUGCAAAAUGACGGCGGCGAUGUCGACAUCCCGCUGAAGAAGAUCGAGAUGAAGAAACUAAAGUAUGGCAUUGAGGAGCACGGCAAAGUGAAGAUGAAGGGGGCCCUGCUCAGAACCUAUAUAGUCAGCAUUUUCUUCAAGUCAAUGUUCGAGGUGGGCUUCCUUGUCAUCCAGUGGUACAUCUACGGGUUCAGCCUGGCUGCGGUCUACACCUGCGAGAGGGCCCCGUGCCCACACAGGGUGGACUGUUUCCUCUCGCGUCCCACGGAGAAGACCGUGUUCAUCAUCUUCAUGCUGGUGGUCUCCAUGGUGUCCCUGAUGCUCAACGUCAUCGAGCUUUUCUACGUGUUUUUUAAGAGGAUCAAAGAUCGCGUGAAGGGCAAACAGCCGCCCGUGGUCUACCCCAGCGGAGGCACGUUGAGCCCCACCCCCAAAGAUCUGUCCACCACCAAGUACGCCUACUAUAACGGCUGCUCCUCCCCGACCGCCCCGCUCUCGCCCAUGUCCCCACCGGGCUACAAGCUGGCCACAGGGGAGCGGGGAACGGGCUCGUGCCGCAAUUACAACAAGCAGGCCACCGAGCAGAACUGGGCCAACUACUCCACGGAGCAGCACCGUCUCGGCCAGAACGGUGGAGGAAGCACUAUCUCAAACUCCCACGCACAAGCCUUUGACUUCCCGGACGACACCCAUGAGCAUAAGAAACUGCCCUCAAUGGCGGAACACGAGAUGCAGCCGCUGGCGCUGAUGGAUGCCAGGCCCUGUAGCCGGGCCAGCAGCCGGAUGAGCAGCCGACCCAGGCCAGACGACCUGGACGUGUAAGCCCAAGUCCCCCACCCCUCCUCCUCCCAGCUCGGCCCUGAAUGACUGGAUGUUCGGCUGCAGCCGGAGAGUCAGGAAACACUCCAUCACAUAGGUUCAGACAGGAGGAGGGGUUAACCUCAAUCACUGUCUUCAGCAUAGAGACUCUUAGUCACUCGAGAGACGUUUAAACUUGUUAUGUAACACUGUCAAAAGGUACAAAUUGAAAAUACGUUGGUUUUUUUCAAUGACUUUUACCGUAACCCUCUAGGGGAGCUAACCCAGAACAGAACAGCCAUGGGGGAUGGUGCAAGAGUUCAACAGAAAGCAGAGGACCACACCGGUCGGAGCGAUCGCUCUGCUUUUAAUUUUGCCAAGGUUACAUUUAAAGGAAAAAUUCUGUCUUCUUCUCAUUUUCAUAGGUUCUGCUAUUCCUCCUAUUGGUGACAGCAUUUUUACUUAACCACUUCAGAGCUGAUUUCUGAAGGCAUGGUGACAGCUUGUGCCUUCACAGGGUGCCUUCCUAGUUGUGUUUUAUUUAGUUUUUUAAACAGUGACCAGAUUAAAAAUGAGCCUUCUUGGCUAACUUCGUUGAGCAUGGUCCCUGUCAAAUAAACGGAAAAAAAUAAGAAAAGUCCAGUAUUAACAACAAACAAAUCUCUAUUUACCCAUUUACCAAAUGAUUGACAAAGAAUAUAUCAAGUGCUUACCACUUGGGAGAAUGCUUAAUAACUGUUGUAGUGAAUAUUUAUUGCUUGGCCUCCGUAGGACACCUACCACUAAGAGGAAAAUUUGACUACUAUCCAGUAUCUCUCACUCACAGAAAACAUCUUCAAUUAACUCCCCACAAAAACUGUAUAUUUAUUGACAGAAAAACUUUUCUUUUUCCUCUUUAGUAACUUUGUCAGUCAGCGUGGACUGUUGUUUCCUGAUAAACUUUGAAUUUAUGUGGUAUCAUGUUUUCAUUUUGUGGGUUUAUCUGUAUUUUGUUUUGGGAGGGGGGGUGUUUGAGAGAGUGGCGGGGCUGAGGGGGUUCAGGCUGCUGUCACACAGCAAACGCUGAUCUGCUUUCACGUGGCUUCCACAAAGAAAGGCUUUAUUACUGUGUGUUAUCCUUUUUUUUCAUCUUUUGCGCGCUGUAGAGAAACACAUUAGAAUGAUUUAUCUGCGUUUUACAUAUUUGAGUGAAUGAUGUUUUUUUUUUCUUUCUGUAGGUAUUGUUCUUUUUUUCGGACUCAAUGUAAUCGUCGCUGCUUGAGAAAAUAGAUAUUUAGUACUGUAAAUCAAGCUAACUGUUUCACAAUAAAAAUGUGAGUUUUUAGAAGACUGCUUAUAGAUCUGGACUAAUAUUUAGUCAGUUAUGUUAAAAUGUAUGCCAAUGUAGCUCCACAACUACCAAACACUAGGAUAAAUCUCAAUUUGGGCUUUUUAUUUUUCUUUCUUCUUUUGUAAUUUCUUAAAAAAUUGCCAUUUGUGCAUCAUUUUGUCGGUACUUACAUGUGUCAUGGAUCUUUCAGCUACAAUGGCAUUUGCACUGAGAUCUUGGUGAUAGAGAUGUAAUAUGAUGCACACAGUUAGUGGUAAGAGUUUUCUGAUACACAUGUUACUAAUUUAUUUUAUAACACAGAAAUCACUACAGUGCAUAAUAUCAGACAUCUGACCAGUGGUUUCAUCGACUGGUUCUGUGAGAGAUGUCUUCCAUUGAGAGGAACAGGAGCAAUUAGUCAUUUGUUGCCGUAAUUCAAUGCUAAUCCGCGGGGAUCCACUGUUGUACAGUGUAAGUGCAUGAUAGCAAAACAAAAAAAACCAUUAAUUGUAUCUGUGAAAAGCUAUUUUAACCAAUAAAUAUUUUU